GCGGAUACAGCCCAGCAUCACACAAUGGCUUCAGCGAGCCCCCGCGCGCACCAUGACGACUUUGACGAUGACCUCGACGACAUCCUCAAGGAUGUGGUGGCCCCCACCCGCGUUGUUCAGUCGACCGAGAAACCCGUGCAGCCAGAGCCGUGGAGCAAUAAGAAGACCAGCAGCAAAGACGCCGAUGCCGCCUUGGGUGUCGACGAGGAUAUCGUCAUCACGAAGAAGCGCCAGCCUGCGCCCAAGCUCGACGACCAGCGACUGCUGUCUGAUCCUGGCAUUCCUCGUCUGCGUAGGAUCGCAAAGGACCGCCUGCGGUUCAAGGGAAAAGGACACGAGUAUGGAGACAUUGCCCGCAUGCUGAACAUGUAUCAACUCUGGCUCGACGACCUGUAUCCUCGCGCCAAGUUUGCAGAUGCCCUGGCCAUUAUCGAAAAGGUCGGACACACCAAGCGCAUGCACAUUAUGCGAAAAGACUGGAUAGACGAAGGGAAGCCACGGCGUGCUGCGGAGCCGGACAGCGACGACGACAUGGGUGAAGAUACGGCUCAGCAAAGCACAGAAGCCAUGGACGGCAUACAGAGCGGUUCCGGACAUAUGUCCGAACACCAAGAGCACGUGCAAGAGCCAGCAGUGCAUUCAGCCGAGCAGACAACAAGCGGAGACCCCGACGACGACGAGCUGGACGCUCUGCUGGCAGAAAGUGAACAGCAACCUAGUACCACAGUCCAACAGACGCUGCCCACACGGCCCAUGCCCGUGCCGGAGGAUGAUCCUUUUGCAGACGAGAUGGAAGCCAUGGCGGACAUGGAAGAAAUGUGGGAUUGAGCGCCUGUACGCGUCAGCUUUACCAUUUGAAUUGCAUAGCGAGGCGUUUUGAGGGACUUGUAUGAGUUAUGAUAGCAAC